UCUAUAAUUUCGAUAUUUCAAUUGUAUACUAGUAUAACAGUCUUGCCUUACAAGCUGUAUCUAUAUUAUACUGGAGAAAAUGUCUUCGAUAUCAAUCGACAUGUUUAUGUUUGAUAAAUUGAAAUUAGCCACAAUUGUGCAGAAUGAGUUGAGUACAGAUUUCGAAGAAGCCACAGUCGAAUGGGUAGAUUGUCCCGAUUUGACUCAGCAUCCUUUCUACCUUACAGCACCAGGUGAGAGAUUUACUGUGCACCUGCAAUAUUUUCCCUAUACUGAUAUGCAAUAUACAUUUACAGGACUAUGUGGCGAUACGGCAAUUUUGGAUAUUGGUGGUGUCUCGAAUCUUUUCCCAUGUCCAAAAAAAGAAAAGAUAUUCAAAUUCGAAAAUAUUUUACAAGAACUUAAUCGCACCCAAUAUGAUAACUUCAUCAUUGGAGGAGGACUUUUCACUACGCAACCAACCUUACAUUUAUACGAAGUAUAUUUACAUUUCUUACAAGCAAUAUUGAAUAUGAUUUCUUUGCCUUCUUUAUAUUUCAUCACUGUCUUAACUUUAUUCAACUUUCGUCGAUUUAAGCUGCGUUCCAAUAUUCACACUGCCAGUAUUAAAAACCUAUAGUUUACGAUAGAAUAUUGGAAAGCUGCUUAAGUGUUAUCUUCAAUUUUGCUUCUGUUUAAAAUUUGCUGUUUGGUAUUAUUGUUUUAUCGUCAUUCUUUAAAAACGUUAUUGCUUUAUAGCUCAUUAUGAACGCAUCAUUCUCGCCAGGAGCCGGCGGAAGAAUGACAGUCAGGAACGGAAGUCGCGUUGCAUUCUUAGAUGAAACAACGGAUAUAACAAAUACAGAACAGAUUAAAUUAGAAUUCUUAACUAAUACCGAUCCUUAUUGCAACAUAUAUGGUAACUUCUUCGUCAGCAAAGGUCUAAGAGAACAAGUUCUCAAAGUUCGAGCUAAGAAACGCUUCGGUCGCAAUUUUAUAGAUGCAUUGCAGCGUGCAAUUAGUCGAUUUCCGUAUAAAACGGAUUCGCAACUCAUGGGUAAGUACUAAAUUAUUGUAUAAUUUAAUAAAACGUAUAAUAAAACGUACGAGACUGUCCUCCUUCAGUUAUAAUAAUAAAUUCUGAGAAUAUGCUAUAGAAUAGCUGAAACUAAGAAACAUGUUCCUUUUUAUAUACCUUGAAAAAUUUGAAAUUUUGGAAAAAUCUAAACGCAAAAUUAUACGGUGCACAUUAAAUGCAACUGUCGAUAUAAUUGUCUGAAACAAUUUUCACGUACUUCACAACUCUGGCGUGAUAGUUAGAAAAAUGAGAAGAUAACGCAUUCGCUACGAGAAGUUUUUAUAUCUAAUUAAGCUACAAAAAACACUUGUAAAGGCGUGUUUCUUGCAUUCAUAUAUGUACGUGUCUCUUAUUUUUGUGUACCCAACAAUAUAUUGAAAGUUCUUCAAAACAAAAAUAAGAUUUCGAGCAAUUCAAUCUCCUUUCAGGCUGCAUUCCGAUAUUUACUGUACUGUCAGCAACUGCA